UUGGCAAGGAAUGCAAAGCAUUUUAAAGCUUUACAGAAGCUGAGAAAUUUUACUAUAUCACUUCAGUUUUAAUACUGAGAGAUUUAAAAAGCUUCAGGCAAAUAUUACAGUUUUAAUGUACUGUAGUUGAAGUGAUGUCCUUUUCAAGCUCUUCUCACUUCCCUCUUUGUUUUGUUACAUGUUCUUUUGUUUAUUUGAAUCACAAAUCCUUCAGAAGAGGAAUUUCUGACGACUAGAUAUUCUUGAAUAUAUAGGUGUCUACUAGUUUGAUGUAGCACAGGUAAAAAAUUGGGCUUUUUUUCAGUGUGGAAGUAGAGUUGUUAUAACACAAUACUUUAGAAUUCUUUCAAAGUACCUGAAAGUAAAUGUGGUGUUUAUGGUUGAUGGCAUAUAGUGUCCUUUUAAUCAUGUAUGGGCUCAACUGUUUUAUAACUUUUGUUGGUUUGUUAUAUAUCAGGCAGUAAGACAAGUUUUAAUUAGCCAGGUGAUUAAAGGUUUUAAUCUGAUCCCCAGCCAGCCAAUCAAGAAGCUGUGCCUAGUCACCAACAAAGUGUUGAGUCUUGAUGAUUGCUUUGUACCCUUAACCCUGUUGUAACAACUGCCCGGAAAGAGAAGCAAGGAUAAGGAAGGAAUCACAGAAGCAGCAUUGUGAAUUUCACUGUGGUGAAUUCUAAUUCAUUCAAAAUUAACUUUUUUCUCGUCUUUGUUCCUUUUACACUGCAUGCCAACACCUUUUCUCCUUAAAUGUGAAGUGGAAGCCAAGAUGAAAUUCCACUCAGUCGUCCCAAAAAAAGGAAACCCAAAGGAAAGACUCCAUUAGAUGGCAUCGUCCAAGCCGCGGUGCGGAGGCAGUCAGAGAGCAGCGAGCCCCUCACGCCAGAACACCAGGACGUGGCUCCACAGAGGAAACGCAAGAAGAAGAAAGUACCUGCUGAAUGGAAAUGGCAUGGAUGUCCCCGAAGCUGAAGAAACAGUGGUCCGCAAACAGAGAAAAAGAACAAAGAAACCUCGACCGGCCGAAACGCAGAGCCCCAAUGAGCUGGAAGUGGAGGAGGAAGACAUCAUUGAAGAGGAGCACAGGAAGAGCCCAGAUCAGCAGCCUGUGUUUGCUGCUCCCACUGGAAUCAGCCAGCCCGUUAGCAAAGUGUUCGUGGAGAAAAAUCGGCGUUUUCAGGCAGCUGACCGUGCAGAAUUGAUUAAAACGACUGAAAAUAUCAAUGUACUUCUGGAUGUCAAGGCUUCAUGGACUACCAGAGAUGUUGCCCUCUCAGUGCACCGAAGUUUUAGGGUGAUGGGACUCUUUACCCAUGGCUUCCUAGCUGGGUAUGCUGUGUGGAACAUCGUUGUUAUCUACAUUUUAGCAGGCCAUGAGCUUUCCACAGUUUCUAAUCUGCUUGAGCAGUAUAAGACGAUAGCAUACCCAGCUCAGAGUUUGUUCUAUUUCCUGCUGUCUGUCAGUACAGUCUCAGCCUUUGACAGGACUGAUUUGGCAAAAGCCUCCGUUGCAGUGAGGGGCUUUUUGACCCUAGACCCAGCAGCAGUAGCCUCUUUCUUGUACUUUGCUGCUCUUAUCUUAUCCUUAAGCCAGCAGAUGACAUGUGACAAAAUCAACCUCUACACACCACCUUCGGAAAACGGCAGCAUCUGGACUGCAGGUACAGAGCAAGAAAUUGUUCAUUCAUGGGUUGUGGUGAAUCUGGUAGUGUCUAUUCUAGUUGGGACAAGUUGGAUCUUCUUGUCUUACCGACCAGAGCUGGACCACAGUGAAGAAUUGAUGUUUCAUGCUGAAAUCGAGGAAUUUCCCCAGGGAGAUGUCCUACCCAGAGUCCAGCCAUAAGUGUGGAACAAGAACCUGCAACUAUUGUAGCUGUGACUGAUGGCUCAACACGUCGUGUAUUAUAGCUAUGUAUUAUAAUUUUCAUAAAGAAAAGAAUGUAUUUUUGUAUUUUAUAUAUUUCAUGUUGAUCUUUUUAUGUACGUUACGGUUUCCAAAUGUGAUUGAAAACUUUUAUACUUUUUAUUUUACAAAGCAGAUUAUCCCUAGUGCAAAAAGUCAAGGUUUAUUUUGUAAAUAUUGCUACCUACAUAGCCAAAGAGGGUUGCAGAGGAUCAGGAGUUCUGUGUUUUUUUGAUGGUUGUAACACUCUUCAACAACCUGCUUUUGUUACUAAUGCUGACAGCAGUUAGCUUAUCUGACUUGGUUAAAUAUUCUCUAGAGAUUAAAACAAAUCUUAUGACAAAAGUAGUCUAAGGAAGAGAAGAUGAUAACAAAACAGAGUUAGGAAACAUAAAAUCCACCAAGUUGGUAAAAUAGUCUGCAUUUAGGUGUCAUAAAAAGUAUUUGCUAGAAUAAAGGAUUGAAUUGACAGAGAUUUUGUUUAAUAAUCCGUAAAAGAGGACACUUUUUUGUAAUGUUCAUUUAGUUCUCUUGACAAAGAUCUUGAUGAUAACAAGUUCUUUCAGGUUGAUGUAGAUACAAGAAAAAGAAGCUUUAAUGUUGCAACAGUUUGGUCAGUUAAUGAAAACACCUAAAUACAUCUUCUAAUCCAAGGUUGGUUUGUGUUGCCAACAGGAUACAUCCAUGUCCUCUAAUUUCUCAGCACUCAGGAUGCGUAACUGUUACAAAGCCAUUCACAAGAAUAGUGUUCUGAUUUUUCCUUAUCUUGCAUGGCAAGAACAUAUAGUUUUAUUCACUGCUCUUGCUAAAGAAACUUGAAUUUCACCAAUGUUGAAAAUGUUUGUACCUCUGCCUGUUUUGAUGGAGAUUGAUUUCCCCUCAAAUUUUUGUUUUAUGUUAGGAUAGAAUGGGAAACUUCUUCCUAAAAUUACAAGAAAAUAAUUAUUAAAGCAAACCAAGAACUCUGCAGCAACCCAUCUUCUGUGCAGUGAUGUAGUAGUAAUAGUGGCAGUGGGUGGGUUUUGAUGAUGAUAGCCAACAUUCUUUUAUAUUAAAAUGGCAAAAUGAAAGCAUUGCAGGUUGAAAGCGUUGCAUAUGGAAGGAUGAAAGUCUCCUCAGUAGACACAGACAAUGGCUAGUUUGAAAACCAUUUAUCAAGAAAGCGUCAUCUAAAGCCCAAAAACUAUUUGUAUGUGUUAUUUAAUACAUACUGAUUCUGCAUUAUUUGAUUUAAUACAUGUGUCUGCGGGUGGUUAUAAAGGGGGUGCAGUUGUUAAAGUUCUCUGGAGAAUUACUGAACUUUUUAUAGUAGUGAAGUUAAGAGUAGCCAGAUAAAAGACUUGAAAGGAAACGUCAAAGAGCUUUUUGUGCUUUCAGUGCUAACUUUAUUUACAGUUACCUGAGUUGCUUCAAAACAAACAUGGGAACAUGAACAAUUAGGGCUGUUGCUGCCCUACUGAGGACUUGGGUUCUCUUAUGUCCAUCCAGCAAAUUUAAGUUAUUCAAAAGUUCGAUGUUCAUGACAUCUUUUAAAUGCUGUUGUAAUCCUGGCUGUGAGGGAAAAGAGUUCUGCAAGAAUUAAAAGAUGUUCCACAGCUGUUGGCUGUGUUCUGGGGCAUUUAUUAUGGGAAGGAGCCCUUAACGCUUUUGUAAAUUGUUAUGGCUCUUGUGUAUGUAUAUUUGCAAAACCGUAGAGCGAAAUUAUGGCUGGCACUGCAUUGUACAGUAAGAUGGAGAGAUUCAAGGUGCUGCUCUCCUUCAGUCAAGCACUGCACAUUCUUGUAAUGAUUUGGCUGUAGGAGAUGUGGUUUGAGGCACAGUGUUCUCAUGUAGGUUGCCACCCCACUUCCUCUUGAUGUGGUGUGUUUGAGUUACAGAAUCACUGACCUGAAGAUGGGACUAAUAAUGGCUUCUCUUUGCUGCAUGGCACUUCUGUCAUCUCGGUAUGGUAAGAAGUAUAAUUUUGCUCAUAAAAUACGGGCAAAAUCAGGCAAAAGGGUGCUAAGGCAUCACGCCAGUACAGGGAAAACUUGGAUAACAUCAUUGCUUGAUUUCUGACAUUAAUGUUAGGAAUUGGCCUUCCAAGUAUCCCUUGGACAGAGUGAUGCUGGCCAAGAGCCAGAUUCAUUGUCAUUGUGAAAUACAGUAGUUUGUUUAGAUGGGUGAGCAUGGAUUGAAUUAAUGAACCUAAUGUGAUCAGUAUUUCAAUCCAGGUUUGCCUUUCCAGUGUAUCGUUUUGGAAGGAUCUCAAUAUAUCCAUAUUUAAAUUAAUGAGGUUUGAGGUUGCUGUAUAAAAAGCACAGUAAACAGUUUGAUGACUAAUUAUCUAUUUUACAAGAUAUUCUUCAUUCCAUUAAGCCUCACAGUGGAAUAUGAGUCUAACUGAGCUUUUUGUUUAGUUUCUUGGAAAGUUUCAGAAUGAAUUUAUGAAAUAGAUGUUUAAUUGUAGAACAUGCAAUAUCUGUAGAAGCCUUAACUGAAAUGCCUUUGUGCAUUUCCAUACCAUUGUUUUUAAUGCAUUUGUGUUAAUGAAAAUAUUAUGGAUAUGUUGGUGCCAAUUUCUUGUUUUUACACAUAUGAAGCAAUUAAACAAUUGCUCUAAACUAGUUAAAAAUGAUUGUACUUUGUCCUGUUUCAAGUUGUUUAGUCUGGUUAAAAUAAAUCAGUCUAAUUUUU